CAUCAUUUGGCCGCUUCCGUGAUCCUCGAGGCCGACAUGGCCAUUGAGCCCAUGGAUACCAGCGGUAGCGCUGACGCAUCAUCAUCAUCGUCGUCGUCGUCAUCGUCAUCCGCAACUCGCAUCAUCGCAGCAGGCGAGCGACUAGCAUCCCUGCUGGGCCAAUCCUCCGCCCUUGACGCAGCUCGCGACCAGCACGACAACUGUGUCGCCUUCUCUGAGUCGCAUGGCCUUGUCGCUUUCCCGAUGCAAAGCGGCCCUGCAGUUGCCAUUGCCAUCAAGCCGCUCCUCGCCCCCUCACCUACGCAAGCGACGCAGCCGCUGUUGCUCUACCCACCGCUCCUGCCUCUUGUUGGUUCCUCGGCGGCUGCAACGUCAUACCUCGUACGACAAGUCGCCUUCAGCCCCUCCGGUUCCUCUCUGACAGCAAUCAUACAACCUCGCAGUAAACGAGGACUCGCAUCGUCCUCAUCUGCACCAUCGCCAUACGGUCUCGUCUGCAUAUGGAGUCGCAACCCACGCAAAGCGGCCUUGAACAGCGAAUGGGCGCUCACAGGGCAAUGGCCGUUGCUCGAGGCUGGCGGUCAGCUGGGCAGCGGGAUUGUUGGUCUGCAUUGGCUGCGGGAAGAGGGCAAGGAAGUCCUCGUCCAACCACCCGACAUCAUCAAGGCCGAGUCCGAGAAAGUCGCCCCGACUACUCAGCUGCCCGGAAUGAGCCAUGAGAAGCAGGGGAAGGCGAGGGAGCAGCCCAAGUUCAGGACGAUGAGCGUGCCAGAUGCUGGACCGACUCUGAGCGCAAGAUCAGCGGUGGCCAGACCUGAGGCUCUUGUGCUCGUCAGUUCGAACGGAUUCGUCCACCUGCUCCACCGCAACGUCUCCAUUUACUCGCAAUCGCCCGCGCUCGCGACCCAGGACUGGCAGCUACUGAGCGCUCCUCUGCACUCUCCUGCGACGGUCAACUAUGCCAGACCAGUAGCUGAGUCAGGGGCGAGUGGCGUGAGCUUGUCGCAUUGCACCAUGCACCCCGUCUCCGGCAGCAGCUCACUGAUCAUCGCGGUCAAGCAGCGCAGCGGCGGGGCAUGGCAGCCUGACGACGGAUUGAUUCACCUCACCGAGGUUGUCAUAAACACAAAGCGUGACGAUCCACUGCUUCGCACCAAGCCGGUCCAGCCCAUCCAUUACGGCGAAGAAGUUGGCUCCCUCCUCCACCUCCGAUUCAACAGCACUCUCAGCGGCAAGCAUCUCGACACGGAGUCCAUCCAUCUGCUGGGAUGCUUCUCCCAUCUCGAUACCACGGGCACGACGCUGCGCUCCUACUCCCUCACGCGACGGCGAGACAUAAGCGGCAAGGGUUCCCUGAGCGAGGCAUUCGGCGACCUCGAGUCGCGCAAGAAGAGUCUCAGCGAGGUGGAACAGGAGGAGGUGGAGGAGUGGUCCGCUUCUUUACACGCUGAGCGCAUAGAGGAGGGGAAGGUGCUUCACCAGCUGGUGGGCUACCCGCGUGCGUUGCUCGAGGAGGGAGAAGUAAGGAGCAAGCUGGUGGCCAUUUGGUCUGGCACUGGAGACGUAAAUGGAAGGAGACGAUGCGAGCGCGGAUUGUCUACUAUUGACCCUGCGCGUCUCGGGGAGGACGAUGGGAUCAAGAGCGUAUCAGCCCCGAGCAGGUCAAUCCAACCUGACCCUCCCGUCACUCUCUCGGCCAAUGGAAGCUUAAGGGGAUGGUACGACGCAACCACACGAGGGCUGCGUCUCUCCGCCCCGCAGGCACCCACCUCCGGCUCUCUUCCACGGCUGGCUGCGGCAAUCUUGCAAGCUAUCAUCAACAAAAGGACGUACGCGGAUGUCCUGUUGGCUUCGUCGAGCAUGCUGCGGGAGAGGAGGAACAGGGCAAAGCUGCUCAGCCUCGUGGGAGGGGCGUUUGGGCUAGACAUGGCGGGUAGCACGUCGACGAACAUGCUGGGUAAACUCAACUUCAAGGCACUGGCCGCGCUGCUAGAGCUGCACGUCGCCAUGCUGCGCGUCCUCUCUAUCAACAGCAGACCAAAGCUCCCCCGACAGGAGCUCGUAACCUCGCACCGUCUCCUCGCACAGCUGCACACUUUCCGCUCUUUUUCUUCUGCCCGUCAAGGCGCAGACGACUGGAAACCGCUGAGCGUCACUUCUCUCACGGGUCUAGCUGCGGGCUUGAUCGAAGAAGUGGAGGACGUCUGCCGAUAUGCCGUCCUCCAGGGAGAGGGAAUGCCGCAAAGCCCGCCGGAAGACGAUGCCGCAGCAGAAGGAGUCAAAGAGGGAGGCACGACGAGAGGCUCGUCCCUUUUCACCACUCUGGCCCAGGCUCGCAGCUCGAGCGAAGCAGCAAGCUUGACACUGCACCUCCUGACCCGCAACCUGAAACUCCUGACUUCCCUCCUCUCCUGGCUCGACAAAGCGUGCGCCUCAACGCCUGAAGCAGCAGCGCUUCGCUCCACUCUCGUCAGCCAAUCGUCCGCCAGGCUGAUCAAUGAAGUCAAAGGCGUCAAGUUGGCACGCAAAGUCGCACGGAUGGAGGAAGACCAGCUCCUGGCGAAUGGUGGCGGAGGCGGGCCAAAGAAGAAGGAGGGAACCAACGGCGCCGCAGGAGGGACGACGGGCAAAACGCCCGGCCCCACCACGGGCGUGACACCGCUCCCCACUGUAGGUGGAGCAGGUAGCACGCCUCUCCCUUCCUUGCUGGUACCAGGAGCAACUUCAUCAUCCUCAGGUGCCACUCCGCUCUUCUCAGGUCUGGUUCCCGGUGCCUCAAUCCCCACCUUGAACGGCCUACCCCUCGCCGCCUCUUCGCCAAUACAGGCCACGCGUCCACCGCUGGGGGCACAGACCAGCCUGGCACUCUCUGCUCGGCCGGCUGCUGCGCUGACUAGGAGGUUGGCAGUUGUGCGGGAGACGUUGAGCGAGAGGUUGAGCAGGGGCACGGCAAAGGGGGUGAACCUCGACGUCUUUGCGUCCAGGCUGGAGUCGUGGGUUCAGGGUGGUGCCGCGGCGGCAGGUGAGGAGCACGGGAUUGCUGCAUCGCUCGUGUAUGGAGCAGCGGGCGCGGAUGAGGGGGCAGAUGAUGACAAGGGGCAAGAAGCGAUAAAGGAGGAGAAAGCUUUUGCUCGUCAUGUUCUACACUCUGACGACGAGGGAGAGGAGAACAAAGGCUCGACGGGCAGCGUCAUCAGCGCUCAGGGUCGUCUCUCCCUCUUCCUUGGGGCGGACGACUUUGUCUGGUCAUUGGACGACAUCGUCGCUGAGGAUGCCGAAACAGACGAAGAGGGAGAAGAGGCAGAGUGGCAGGAAGCGCUCGGUUGCCACGGCGAUUGCGAGGAGUUUUCGAAGAGGGACACAAUGACUGGCGUCUCGCAGCCUCGGGGCAAGAAGCGACGUCGUCUCUCCACUUCCUUUCCCUCCUCCAUCCACCUCCUCACUGGCGAGACAACCCACCUCACCGUCCGCGAUAGUACGAUGAGUCUAGCAAUGGAGACGCUCCACUCCGGGCUGGGACCUGCUAAUGGAGCAAGUGGAGAGAAUGCGGCCGCAAUGGCGGUAGAGGAGGACGAGGAGGCAUUGCGGGCUGUACUGGAGGGUGAUUGUGGAGGUGAUGAGGUCAGAGCGGGAUGGGAGCAGAGAUUGAUGGGCUCGGGAGGCUGGUGGAUGGGCGCGUGAUAUCAUCGUAGAAUGCGAAACCCUCUCUCUCAAUUGCAUGUACAGUGCGAGCGCGCGCUAUACGCCUAGAC